AUGCAGCUUGAACUUCAUGUGCGAACGCUGGGGUACGAAACUUGCGUGCUGACGGUCAGUGAGAACGACUUCGCCGAGAUAGUGUUCAAGCAGUUGGAGAACAAGUACGGCAUCCCCUCCGCACAGCAGCGUGUUCUCUACGAAGGCUAUGACGGGUAUACCGCCGAUCUACAGCGUGGCCGCAGGCUGAAGGAAUUCAAGCUGGCACCGCAAGUUCGCUUCAUCCUGGCAAAAGUGCUGCCAGCGAAGCCGAAGAUGGUCGCCCCGGACCUCAGCUCCGAGUGGCAGCCGUCCAGGCGGAGGGCCAAGGCGGGCAAAGAUGU